CUGAUUAAGGUUUGAGUCUUUACAUCAGGAAUAACGGGCAGACUGGACGGAAUUUCCGUCGCCGUCCUGCUUCCGCCCCCACGUGUGCCCGGCGGGGCAGGCUGAAGGGCGCCUCUGCAGUCCAACCCGUUGCCUGUCGGUAGGCGGUAAGCACUGCAUAGCGCAGCCAUACCUAGUACCUACUAGCCUUCGUCCGGAGGGUAAAGCGUUAAGCAAGCACCGCCCUCUGGCGUCACCGCGCAUGCGCACUGUGAAGUAAACACAAGGCGACUUUACGGGCGCUCUGCAGUAUUUUCCGCUCCUUCCGUGACCGAUUCUGCGGGCGGCUGUGGGUGCGCCGGGGACGGUUUAGAUCAGUUGCAGCAGGAGGUGACUCGCGGCAGCCUCGUAGGCCUCGGUCGGUGGGGCUGUUGUUCUCGGUUCUGCAGCGACCGGUUUCAUCCGGUUCCAGGCGCCUGCGCAGUGAUCUCCGAGCAGGAAGAGCCCUCCGACAGGCGCUGACAAGGCGCUUCGAGUCGGGCAUCCCCAGCACUCCCUGUCAUCCGAGUCCGGCUCCCCACAGCCGUGUGGCGAAAAUGGUGCAGAAAGAGGGACAGGCAGCGGUCACCAUCACCGAGCCCGACACGGAGGCCGGACCCAGCCCACUGGCUCCUGAGAUGGGCCCCUCGGUACCCGCAGGGGAAGACACGGACACUGAAACCGAGACCGCCUGCGCUAGGAGGUUCCUGUGUGGCGUGGUGGAGGGGUUUUAUGGAAGGCCUUGGACUAUGGAACAAAGAAAAGAGCUUUUUAGAAGGCUUCAGAAGUGGGGUCUGAAUACAUAUCUAUAUGCUCCAAAAGAUGAUUACAAGCAUAGAAUGUUCUGGAGAGAAAUGUACUCGGUGGAGGAAGCCGAUCAGCUCAUGACUCUUAUAUCAGCUGCUCAAGAAUAUGGGAUUGAAUUUAUUUAUGCCAUAUCACCUGGACUUGACAUAACAUUUUCCAACCAGAAAGAAAUAGCCACAUUAAAACGCAAGUUAGAUCAGGUUUCGCAGUUUGGUUGCAGGUCGUUUGCUCUCCUGUUUGAUGAUAUUGAUCACAACAUGUGCCCAGCAGACAAAGAGGUUUUCAGUUCCUUCGCACAUGCACAAAUCGCGAUAACAAAUGAAAUUUAUCAGUAUUUGAAUGAACCAGAAACGUUCUUGUUCUGUCCAACAGAAUAUUGUGGCACUUUUUGCUACCCAAAUGUUGCACAAUCCCCAUAUCUACAUACAGUUGGAGAGAAAUUGCUACCGGGUAUAGAAGUUCUCUGGACAGGGCCAAAGGUUGUUUCCAAAGACAUUCCUGUGGAAUCUAUCGAAGAAGUUUCCAAAAUUAUCAAAAGGGCUCCAUUGAUUUGGGACAAUAUACAUGCCAAUGAUUACGACCAGAAGAGACUCUUUCUUGGACCUUACAAGGGCCGGUCUACUGAGCUCAUCCCUCGGCUUCAAGGAGUCUUGACCAACCCAAACUGUGAAUUUGAAUCUAACUAUGUUGCCAUCCACACGUUGGCGACAUGGUAUAAAUCCAAUAUGAAUGGCGUGAGGAAAGAUGUUGUAAUGACUGACAGUGAAGACAAUGCAGUCUCUAUUCAGAUAAGGUUAGAGAAUGAAGGCAGCGAUGAAGAUCUUGAAACCGAUGUGUUAUACAGCCCCCAUAUGGCUCUGAAAAUGGCUUUAACAGACUGGCUGCAAGAAUUUGGGGUACCCCUCCAGUAUGCAAGCAGACAAGUGGCUCACAGUGGAGCUAAAGCAAGUGUUGUUGGGAUGUUGCCUCUGGUAUCUGGACCAACUCUUAACGCUGGAACUAUAGUUACAACCGUUUAUCAGCAGCCCAUAAUGAGCCAAGGGGCAGCUCUGGGCAUUGAGCCCCCUAUGUUGGCGAAGGAGGAAGAGAAAAAGCAGCUUGACGAGGAACCGAUGGAGAUGGUGGUAGAAAAGAUAGAAGAUGUGAAUAAAAAUGUCGGUCAAAUCUUAACAGACAUUAACGAAUCCAAAAUGUCGGAGGAGCUGAAGCCGAUGGACACCGAUAAAGAGAACUUAGUGGAAGCCAAAUCUUUGGAGUCCUGCAUGCAAGAGGACGCGUGUAAUGACAUCGCACCCAUGCAGACCGACGAGCAAAUCCGAGAUCAGUUUAUUCCUGGCCCAAACGAAAAGCCUCUUUAUACAGCGGAGGCAGUGACUUUAGAUGAUUUGCAGCUACUCGCUGAUCUGUUCUACUUGCCUUACGAGCACGGACCGAAAGGGCUUCAGAUGUUGAAGGAGUUUCAGUGGCUCAGAGCUAACAGCAGUGUUGUUAGCGUUAACUGCUCGGGCAAAGAUUCAGAGAAAAUUAAUGAAUGGAGAGAACGUGCAGCUAAAUUUGAAGAAAUGUGUAACAUUGUUAUGACCAUGUUUACGCGGCUUUCAAACUGUCCCAACAGGACGAUACUCUAUGAUCUGUACCCAUAUGUGUGGGAUAUCAAGAGCAUCAUUUCCAUGGUGAAGUCCUUUGUGCAGUGGCUUGGGUGUCGUAGUCAAUCUUCAGCACAGUUCUUAAGUGGAGACCAAGAACCCUGGGCCUUUAGAGGAGGUCUAGCAGGAGAGUUCCAGCGUUUGCUUCCGAUUGAGGGAGCAAAUGACCUCUUUUUUCAGCCACCGCCUCUUACGCCUACAUCCAAAGUCUACACAAUUCGACCUUAUUAUCCCAAAGAUGAGGCCUCUGUGUACAAGAUCUGUAGAGAAAUGUAUGAUGAUGCGAUGGACGACCUACCAUUUGAAAGCCAACCUGACCUAAUAGGAGACAAGUUGGUUGGCGGACUUCUCUCUCAUAGCCUCGACUACUGUUUUGUUCUUGAAGAUGAGGAUGGAAUCUGUGGCUAUGCCGUGGGCACUGUGGAUGUUGCACCUUAUCUUAAGAAAUGCAAAAAUACCUGGAUUCCUUUCAUGCAGGAGAAAUAUACCAAACCAAAAAGUGACAAAGAACUCUCUGCGGCCGAGAAAAUUAUGCUGAGUUUUCACGAAGAGCAGGAAAUCUUGCCAGAUACAUUCCUUGCCAGCUUCCCAUCGCUAAUAAAAGUGGACAUUCACAAAAAAGUAACCGAUCCUAGCGUGGCCAAAGGGAUGAUGGCGUGUCUCCUGUCUUCUCUAAAAGCCAACGGUUCUCGAGGUGCGUUCUGCGAAGCCAGGCCCGACGACAAGAGAAUCCUGGAUUUUUACAGCAAAUUGGGCUGCUUUGAAAUUGCCAAAAUGGAAGGCUUUCCAAAAGAUAUAAUUAUCCUCGGAAGGAGCCUUUGAAGCUUUCUUACGUGAAAAUAUUUUCUAGAAGAUUGCUAGCUGGUUAAACUGGUUAUGUUUUUUUUUUGUAAUCAUGACUGUAGAUUUUACCUCCAGGUUGUUUUUUUUUUUUUUUUGGUAAAAACUACCCCAAUGAAUAUUAUGUCUUCAAUAUAAUGCUGAAAAAAAACCAACCAGCGAGGGUAUUAAGGCAAAUGCUUAUAUGAGAUGCUACCGGUUACUUGCAUGAGCUGCACCCUCGGAAGAACGUGUGCUCCGGGUACCAUAUAGAAGGAAACGUACCUGAGCGUUUUAUGUAUAGUUGAGUUAAACAUUUGACAUUUCAUAGCUUUUCAUGCAUUAAUCCCUUUACAGAAGAAAGGGACGGCGGCAGAGCCAUGCUUUGCCCACCCCUUUGGUCGGUAAAGAAUUAUGUAGUCAAAGCAGAUCGUUAAGGAACGUACAGAACGGCUUCUGUACAGGGAAAAGGUUAAAAAAAAAAAAAAAAAACUUUGCUUUGCUUCCGUUUUAGGCUUUUCUUUUUUUUCCCCAGAAUUAGGGAUUUUUUAUCGGUUUUGGAGAAUAUAAGGAAAGUCACAGAAUUGGCACUCCUUUAAGGUCUGCGAGGGGUUUGAGAGUUUUGGGGACUGCUCCGGCGGCUAGCGGGUUAGAACGAGGCUAGCGAUGGCGCAAGAAGCUCGUCUUCGACAAAAGAGACAACUUUUCUGUAAAUGUUUAUGUAGAAAAUUGUAUGUACAGUCUAAGUGUUUACCAUUUUUAUGAUGUUAUUUCUUUAUAAAGGUUUUGAUUAAGCAUGUC